AAUUACAAACAUACGGGAAAUACCCCAUCCCCCAAAAAAACCCCAUAUAUUUUAUGAUGCACAGAAAUAGACCGAACGAAUUGUGUCAAAAGAUGCGAGGGAAGCCGGUAAAUAAGUCCGAUGUCGCAAUCGCUUUGUGUGCCGUAAAUUGUUUUACAUUUUGAAGGUAUUUUCUGUACUUAUAAAUCAACAAGCCAGGCCCACCUACUGAAAAAAAAAUAUAGGGCGUUACGGUCGAGAGGCUGUUGCAUAUGCAAUUUGUGUAUUUUUCCAACCAUCUAUAUAUCAUAAACAUUAAAACUAAAACGGAUCUAAACGACAGUCAAUACAAACGUAAUUCACGGACAGAUCAGGUGAACUUUAACAGUAGGUGACUAUUCCAGCAAUGUCUUCUAUUUAUGGACAAGUCAAGUUUGCCAAGGAAAAUUCUGAUGGCAAUAUCAGCUUCCUCGCUUCAAUCGUUGCUAUUUUUUGUGCCUCAACGGUGGUGAUUGUGUUGUUGGUGAUUGUCGGGCUUGUCCUGCCCAUUGCUCCCAUCGUCAUUGGAGCUUUGUACCUGGACGAUUGUCCAUUGGAAAAAUACAUUCCGAUUUACCUGGUGGUUACUGGUUCGAUGUCGAUGUUGUAUUGUUGUUGUGGACGCUGUUGCGAAAGAAAACAGGAAGAGGAGGGGUCAUUCAUUGACAAUGUGAAGGCCAACGUUUCCCGAUUCUGCGCACUAUGUGUGACUGCAUGGUUUAUUGCUGGAAACGUGUGGGUCUUCUCUUCCUAUGGGGACCUGAGCACAGACCCCGCCUCCGGGAAUUACUGUCAUCCGAUCGCCUUUAACUUUGCGUUCUGGUAUAUCAUUGUCAUGUACAGUCUGUGCGUUUUCUUCAUUCUGUUGGUCGGCUGUUGUUUUUGCGCGGCCGCCUGUACUAUUGCUUGUACAGAACGAGAGGAGGCGCCACAAAAUCACGCACAGGUGUCGGUGAUUGCAGGAGUAAAAUAUAACGUGUGAUAAUGGUUAUAACCAAGGACAAUAAUUUUUCGUAAAGUUAAAUACAAUAUACAUCUUUAUACAUUUUUGGAUGUCUUUUGGCGUAGCGCAAUGUUCUUGACUUAAAUGUAAUAUGUAAGUUGUGAGUUUGAAAUCUGCUGAGACUUUUUUAAUAAUCUUUUUUUUUUAUAUACAUUUUAAAAGAAUCUCUAAAAUGCAUUGGAUAGUCAAACUUUGUACAGUGUAAGUUUUUAAAAUGGGGAUUAACUUUCAUAAAUAUUUAACCCUAUCCAUAUUGUUUUCUUCAGGUUUCCCAAACCACAACAAUUAAACGUUUUAUUUCUCCAUUUUAUUUGGUAUAACUAUAAUUCUUAUCAUAUAUUAAGCUUUUAUUUAUUUCUUUACUGAUUAAUUAUAUUUUUUUUUGUUCCCGCCAUUUUUCUCAGCUUU